AUGAAUCUUUUAGAGUCUUCUAUUAAUGAAUACUUGGGUGAAGAAUUUAUUCUGGAUCCUUUAAUAGAUAAUUAUUAUUUUCAAUCAGAUACAACUCACCCCACUUUUUCAGUGGGUUUUGAAGAAGAUAACAUUUAUUCAUGUGACAAUGUCCAAACUUUUCAAGAAGAUUCAGAUUUUAUUGAGCACUUUGACCAAAACAACUUAGGUUUAAACUGGGAUGACAGCUAUUUAUUUGAUCAGAAAAGACACAAGGAACUAAAAGACUUUACUUUGGAACUUGCUUCAGAUCCUUCUCCAAAUUCUGAAUUUCUUUUCAAAGUGGUUGAAAUCCUAAAUUCCGCUCUAGAAGACAAAUUUAAAGUCCUGGAUUCUCAAGUAUCUCCUUUUGUUGAAUAA